UUUGAUAUGGGAGCUUUUAAUUUAAACCCGUCGGCCAUUUUGCGGAAGUCGGCGUCCCGUCUCUCUGCGGAGUGACAAGAAAACAAACUGUAAAGAAACAGGAUUGUGUUUAUGAUCCAUGAGCCGCAGAUAUGAUGUGACGGUAAACUUCUUCCGCUACUCCAGUCAAAUGGAUGAUAUGGAGGAAGAAGAUUUCGAGUUGCUCGAUGAUCACAACCAUAACUCUCGCGCUGUGUGCUCACCUGCGCAGGUGUGUGUGGACUCGGACUCCAGCAGCAGUGACACUUGUGAAUCAGACGCACUGCUGCUCAGCUCAGCCUCCAGAUUCCUCAUGAAUGGGAUGAGCGCAGAAGAGUACAGGACAGUGUACUGGCCCAAACUGGAGUCAGCCAUCGAUCAGCUGCUCACUCAGAGUCCGCUGGAGCACAUCUCCAUCUCAUAUGAACAGAUAUACAGUCACGUGUAUAAGUGUGUGUGUCAGCAGCAUUCUGAACUGCUGUACAAUGACUUGAUGUGGAAAAUCACCUGUCAUCUGGAAAGAGUCUCCUCAGAGCUGCAGGCCAGUCCAGCGGAGUGUUUCAUUGAGAACUUCAACGUUGCUCUGACUCAGUACACCGCCGCCCUGCACUGCAUCGUUCCAGUUUUCAUCUACAUGAACAAGUUCUACAUUGAGACGAAGCUGAACAGAGACCUGAGGGAUGAUCUCAUGAAGCUCUUCUCAGAUCAUGUGGCAGAGAAACACGUCCACACGUUACUACCACUUCUUCAAAACGCUCAUUCCAUGCCAUUUCAAGUCACACCAUCAACAAUGGCGAGUGUGAUGAAAGGUCUUUACAGCCUCCGGCCGGAUUGGGUUCCUCUGGCCCCGGCUCUGUUUUCUAGAUUCAUUCCUCAGAUUCAUCCUCCCGCUCUUGAAUCUCAGCUCCCGUUUUACGCCGCUCAAGACAAAAAGCUGCAGCUGGAGCUGUCGCAGAACGGUUUCUGCAGAGGCGACCAGUCACGGAAGAGAGCGAGCGAGGAGUCGUGACACCAGUAUCUGAUUCAAACCUUCUGAAACACCAUCAGUCUGUUAAAACACUUCACAUAUUUUCAGUUCUAGAAAUCUUAUUAUUGUGAGAAUUGCCAAAAGCAUUAGAAAACUGCCGCUGUGAUGAUCAGUGUGACCUCUCAGUAUUUACAAAGCACAUCAUACACACCUGGAGCUUUUACUGGAUUCAUUUUACAUGCAGGAAGGAGAUCUUCUGCUAGUACAUGAUGAUGAUGAUGAUGUUUUUGAAGUUUGAUGUUCUUCAUUUAGGGAUCACUACUAAGCAGAGAAAUGAGUUUUAUGGCGAGUGUAGUUUUAAGCUGUUUUAACACGCGCGCACACACACAGUAAGAAUGACGUGCCUUUGGCUUUUGCCUUUCUUUCUUUCAUUCAGAUCUUUCUCAUUCAGAAGUUAAUUUUGACAUGUGCGUGUCAAUGAAUCAUGUAGCUGUUGGCUUGUUUUUUUCCAUUAGAAAUAAUUCAUCACAUGAUCUGGUGUGAUGUGUAAUAUAAAGCGCUGCUAAUAACUGAUCUAACCUGUAUAUUGACUUUCAGACUGUAAGUCCUUCACCUGCAGUUCUUUAUAGAACAGUGAAAUCAUGUUCAUGUGUGUAAUAUCAAACAUCAGAUGUUAAUGCUGAUUUACAUUGAUCAUGGAGUUUAAUAAA